UUGACGGGAAACCGGGACUGAGUUUUUGUAUUGCCCGGGUGAAUGAGCCCAGGCAAACUGGCCACGCCAUGAACAGGUUCAAUGUUGUCUUGGGCCAAGGGAUUCCCAGGGCUGCAGCCCCCAAGGUUUCUGGAAUGAUGGAAGUGAUUGCACCUGAAGACGGAUUUGUCCUAGAAACACGUUUGCCUUUGUCAAGGCAUAAUGGUUUAGGAAGGACAGAUGCAAUGAAGGAACAGAAGAAUAGACAAAAUGGGAGGUUGCAUGUGUUUGGUCCAAAAGAAGAAGUAGUUAUUGAACCUGUUCAAUCAAUGCCACGCAUGGGAUGUGGAAAUGAAUCUACAAGCAGACCUUACACUCCAUCAAAGCAGAUCUUGUUAUGUGCAGCUAAAUCAUUAGAAAAACGGAAUGCUUUAACAAGGAUUGCAAAAAAUAUAAAUCCGAAGAUGAGUGUAAGAUUGCAUGACUGUAUAGAAGAAGAAGCAGAAAUUCAUAAUGAUCAACAAUUAAAAACUGAUUUACAGAGACUGAAUCAUGAAACUUUGAUAAUUGAAGCUAAGACAGAAUCCACAGUCAAUGAUGAAAAAAUGAAAAAUUCCAGGAAUGUUGAAAAGGCCGCCAAUGGUGAGGUCAGUACUGAAAUGCCGACGGGCAGUGUGGAUAAACAGAAUGCUAAUGAGAAGCCGCCAGAUAGUUCUGACGAUGAUGAAAACAAUGAACAAAGUGACAAUGAAGCUAAAAAGAGGAUUGCACCACUACAGUUAAUGGGAGAGUUUCUGAAAGCAAUAAUGGAACAGAAAUACAGUCUUGCAAAAAAACUUUGUCAGAUGAUUUUAAUAUAUGAACCAGAAAACCCGGAGGCCAAGCAGUUUCUUCCACUUAUUGAACAAAAACUCCUAUUGGAAAGUAAACGAGCCAAUGAAAAAGGUGAAGAAACUGGUGAAGAGAGCAGUGAUGACAGUGAAGAGGAUACUAGCAAUACAGAUAAUAGUGAUACUGAGAGUGAAGCAAGUUCUGAAGAUUCUGAUAAAAAAGCUUGAAAAUUUUGGGAGUGCCAUGACUGAGUGUAUUUUUAAAUUAAUUUUCUUUUAAACGCGCACAUUAAAAU